CGCGCGCGCGCCGGUAAUAGUCGCCGGUAAUAGUCGCGCCACUGCGCAUGCGUGAAGUUUGCUUCGCGCCUGAAGACACUAGCGUCAGUCAGUAGCAGCUGACCGACGGGAAGCGUUUGGAGCGGUUCGGUCUGUUUCGUCUGGCAGGUCCUCGUGCUCGUGCGCGUGAUUAUUCGCACAACACUCUUGUGUCGUAUAUCGACGAUACGUCGCGUUCGGCGUCUGUACGCGUUCAAGAGUGACCGAGAAACUCUUCGAGGACGUCGCACAACGAUCAAUUCGAGGAACUUGCACACCACGUUGUCGAUUGCGAAACGGUGAAAGGCGCGCGGGACGAAGAACGACGACGACAACGACGCGGCCGCCGACGACGACGACGACGACGACGACGACAACGACGACGAGACACCGACAACGAAGGAACUGCCACGGUCACGGGAACACCUGGAGCGAGUGCUAAGGCGUCGUCGAUCAUACGCGGUAAAGCGCAAUUCCUAAGAUUAAUUGGCCCUGUGGAAGCUGCUGUACACAUCCGACGAGGGAGAGUCCGAGAGAGGGUUGCAUCGCUUCUCGACGGAAAUCCGCCGUUGUUUGCCGUUGUCUCACGAUUGCCAAUGUUAUGUCCGAGUUCAUCCUAUUUUGGAUCAACGCGUCUAAGCAAUGUGCUCUAGGAACGGAAUCAAAGAUACAAUGAGGUAGUAGGAUCCACGAAGCACCUGCUGAGAGGAGGCGGUUUCCGAUAACCGGCGGGCGACAUGUCAUUUCUGUCGAGUCGCAGCAGCCGGAAAGGGCCUAUCGCCUGUGUGGUAGGCCUUUUCCUCGUCUUCGCUCUUUAUCAGCUAGGCAUUAUUUGCAGCUCCACCAAGAAUGUGCCCACGGCUGUCAUGGUCGGCAAGGAGAAAUACGUCAUCGGGCCGUUUGAUCACAAAAAGUAUACGUACGACCGUUCCAUGCCGCUUAUUUUCAUCGGUGGCGUACCACGAUCGGGUACAACUCUGAUGCGUGCCAUGUUGGACGCGCACCCUGAUGUAAGGUGCGGACAGGAGACUAGAGUCAUACCGCGGAUUCUCCAGAUGAAGAUGCAUUGGUCCAAGUCUGAGAAGGAGAACGUACGGCUCACCGAGGCGGGAAUCUCAAAAGAAGUAAUAGACAGCGCGAUAGCGGCGUUCUGCUUGGAGAUAAUAGCGCGACACGCCGAGCCCGCGCCGAGAUUGUGCAACAAGGAUCCACUCACUCUGAAGAUGGGCUCAUACAUCCUCGAACUUUUUCCGAACGCCAAAUUUAUAUUCAUGGUACGCGACGGACGCGCCACGGUGCAUUCCAUCAUCUCCAGGAAGGUUACCAUAACGGGGUUCGAUUUAUCAUCUUACCGACAGUCUUUGAUAAGAUGGAAUCACGCAAUUUCCGUAAUGUACGGCCAGUGUAAGGAGCUGGGUCCGGAGAGAUGUUUGAUAGUUCCUUACGAGCAGCUGGUGCUGCAUCCGCGCCAAUGGAUGAAGAAGAUAUUAAAUUAUUUGGACGUACCGUGGAACGAGUCUGUUAUGCAUCACGAGGAAUAUAUUAACAAACCCGGCGGAGUGCCCCUUAGCAAAGUCGAGAGAUCAUCGGAUCAAAUCAUAAAGCCUGUAAAUCUAGCGGCUCUGACUAAGUGGGUUGGUAACAUUCCCGAGGACGUGGUGAGAGAGAUGGCAGAUAUCGCACCGAUGCUCUCUGUGCUUGGCUACGAUCCUUACGCGAAUCCACCCGUCUACGGCGCUCCGGAUAGUUUAGUUAGCGACAACACCAAACGGGUGUUGGCGGGCGAAAAACUGUGGGAAGAGAAGGCGCGACAAUAUAACUUAGCGCAUAAACCGAUAGAAAUCAGCAACGAGGAAGCUGCUUCUAGUACGGCCCCAGUCGCGUGACCCCGCGUGAUUCUUCUAGACACGCGCGACACGUAGCCAACUACCAUCCUAAGUCCGACGACCGACUUAGGAUUUCCGUACGGAGUUCUCCUUCUUGUACUUUCAAAGUAAACUUGAUUGUCGUAAAAACAUACACACACACACACACACACGUGCAUACACACGACACAUCGAUUAAUCGCGUUUGUCGUAUUUUCUCAAUCAAUCUUCUCUGUUAUCACGUUUCGACGAUGUGCGUGGACAAGGGAUUAAUCGAUCACGCGAUGUUUACUUAUUCCCGAUAGUCAUGAAAACCUAAAAAGACUUGCGACUAGGCCGUGACUAUAAAAAAAAUAAAAAAAAAAAAAAAAAA